CGGCCGUGCUGCACGUGUUUUUUUCGCGAGUCUGCCGAGCCAUUUUCUUUGCGUUGUGUGCAGUGAAUUUUACUGCCGGAAUUUUAUUGCACGAAGCUUCUGACAUGCCCAAUAAGUGUUGUGUGCCGGCAUGUUCAAGUAAUUACAAGACCGGGAAGAAAGUUCAAGUAUUUUCAUUCCCCAAGGAUGAAGUGCUAAGGAAGAAGUGGCUCAGUGCUAUCCCAAGAAAGGAUUUCUUCCCUACGGAAAACAACAAGGUAUGCGCAUUGCAUUUCACCGAGUCAUGCCUUCAGAACAAGUCGUCCUACACGGAUCCUAUGACAGGAAGAGUGCUAGAGGUCUCACUGAAAGUACCACGCCUGCGUUCAGGAUCAGUGCCCACACUGUUCCCAGGAUGUCCUUCGUACUUGUCGAAGGAUGACCCUUCUCCGAGAGAAUGCCCGGAAACGAAAAAAAUGCGCCGAGAAGCGGCUGACCUCGCUCGUGCCAUCGCAGAAUCGGAGGCUUCUUAUCGUGAUGAAGAAACGAAAUGCUGUUUUUCCUCGCUUUUUGAGCUUAUGGAAUGUUUGAAAAGUGCACCUGUGCCAAAUGAGUGGAUUGUAAUUCACCGCACAAACUGUGCCCUGUUUUUAAAUAUUGUUGAUGAGAGCAUGCCGAUGUUGCGGUCGUCUGUUACUGUUUUCAGCGACCUGAGUAUCAGUGUAUGUUUUCAUGGUACCAAAUUAAGCCGUAUAGGUGAUUAUGUCGUGCCAGGAAGCAUUGGGAAUGUGAAUGUCCUGUCUGCCAUCCUGAGUAGGCUUCAAAGCAUCCUCGAUGAAAAAUGCUCCUCAGAAGGUCUUUGUGACGUAGUCGUUAGCCUUCUUGAGCAACUUGAACGAGAUGCCAUUGACAGCAAGAAACGUAUCAGUCGCUUCUUGCGAGAACAGGUGGCGUUGCUUGGAAAACAGCGAUUGGAGUAUUCCUCCGAAAGUAUGGUGGUUGCUUGCAUAUUGCAUACCAUAUCUCCACACGCCUACAAAUUUCUCAGGGGUUCAGGUUUUUUUGCCAUGCCACAUCCCAGUACUUGUCGAAAUGUCUGCUCCUCGUUUCACUUGUCACCUGACACUGAGUCAGCCAGUGAAAAUUUUCUCAGAGGGCCUGGUGCUCGCCUGGUGGUCCUGACGGUGGCUCCAGCUGGGACACGCCAGACCAGGGCGCUGUCUGAGAAGCUCCUCCUGCCUGUUCCCUGGGGAUCGACGUCUGGGAGCAGCUGUACCUGUCCGGGAUUACAGACACCGGGUGUGGCUCCUGCUACGUCGGCGCGCGCGACAGGGACGAGGGGUUUUGGAUUGCCGUCGCCACCUUAG